AUGUUGUUCUGACGUAAUGUCCUCCUUUCUCUAAUCACCAUCAGCCAACAUGUCGCUUGCGAAAGGUGUCUACAAUUUGCUCUUCAGGAGAACAUCUACUUUUGCCAUUACCAUCAUGGUCGGGGCAGUGUUCUUUGAACGAAUGUUUGACCAAGGAGGAGAUGCCAUAUUCGAGCAAUUGAAUCGGGGGAAACUCUGGAAACACAUUAAACACCAAUACGAAAACGAGGAGGAAUAGAAGUGGGCCUAUGUUGCGGCAGAAAGGAUGCCAACGCCACACUUCAAUUUCCAUUCCUGAGUCGAUCUUCGUGGACCAUCACCUGCAUUGACAUUGAUCUGUCACUACGAGGCUGACUGCUGGCUAUCAGAAAUCCAUGGCAUGGGAGUUUUAAAAAGACUGGUCAGAACAUCGUGGAAGUAUUUCCUAUCAACUUUACCUCACAUACUGUCAUUGUCAUGCUCUCCUGUCCCUCACCAUUUGUAAAUGUACUGAUACGUUAAAACUGUUAAUAAAUUAAACAUAAACCUA